GAUAAAGAAAUCUGUGUAUGCUUUUUUUAUCAGGUCGUAUAACAACCUCGUACCCAGGUAAUAAACCCUGGGUACGAGGUUGGUCGAUACGACUUUAGCUGAUUGGAAUUUUUCCCGGAAAUUGGCAAAUUUAGUAUGAAACUUGGUACAAGAAAUCGACAUUAAACAUAGAAACAUUACGAGUCCAAACUAUUCUCGUUUCACGUUGAGAAGAAGAUUGUAGCAUAAGGAAUUCAUUAGAAAAUGUAAAAUGUUUUGCUGGCUUUCUGUGUUUACGCUGGCAACCGGGUUUUUGUGUUUUGUUCAUGCAGAACAGAGCAGUCACGCAGCAUCACACAGAGUCGAGAACGUCGAAUGGACACCAAUAAAAGCGAAGGACGUUGAAAAAAUGUACAAUAAUACCUUCAUGAGCGACAUUAAAUUAACGUUCGGAAAAAAGCCCGAGAACGUAUUCUACGCUCACAAGUACGUGCUGGCUCUGAGCAGUCCUGUGUUUCACGACAUGUUCUAUCGGAAAGACGCGAAACCUGUGCAGACCAUUCGCCUAUCAUAUGACCGCGACAACCUCGCUGGGUUCUUAAGCUAUAUUUAUAAAGACGAUUGCCCGACAAUUCAUGACAAAUCUUUCAAUACACUGGAAUUGAUGAUAAAGUACAAAGUACAUUUGCAUCCUGAUUGCCACAAUUCACUUAAACGGAGCACAGAAACGCAAACGGCCUUCAAGUUUGUUGAGAAAUUUUUAGAAUUAAAUGCAGAAGCGUUUGCUGAGAUAUGUCUAAAUAAAAUAGACGCUCUAGCAGAAGAUUAUUUCGCUUCAAAGCACUUCUUAAACAUCAAGCAAAGUACAUUGAAAGUAUUGCUGGACAGGGAUACGCUUUACCUCAAUGAAACAGAUAUAUUUAAGGCUGUAUUAAAGUGGGCUGAUCGUCAAUUAUCACCGGAAACCAACAGAGCAGAAAACCGCAGAAGGGUUCUUGGUAAUGCAAUAUAUUCUAUCCGUUUCCUGCUUAUGACUCAAGGGGUAUUUACCAAAGAUGUUAUCUCAACCAAUAUUCUACAGGAUAACGAAGCUAUGGACAUCAUUCGGCUAAUGAACGGCAAGCGCACGAAAAACACAGUUUGGGAUACAAAAAAGAUAAAGAGGGAACGCCAUCGCGGGCAAUUUCAUGGAGUAAUUGAAGACAGUGCUGCUGAUGAAAAAAUUAGCAGCUCGUGGACUAACAAGCUUAAAAACUUUGUCUGUUAUCCUUUUAGACUUGCUUAUUCACGUUUUUACACGACAGUUAUAGGACUCAUUAUAUUAAUUAGUAUAUUAAUUUACUUUGAGAAACGUCGUUGAAUAAAAAAGGGUCAAAAUCAGGCAAAUCAACAGUCGAUUAUCAUGAGUAAAUUUUAAAAAAACAUAGAACAUGUGUUUCCAAAACUUUAUUCUUUAAAGUCGACAAACCAAUACGAUCAGAAAAUGGCCUUUUUCCAACUUACUGUAAGCUAGUCAAUUUAAUUAGUUCAAUUAUUAAAUUAAUAAUU